CGAUAACGCGAAUGAGAAGGUGAAGAAACCAAGAGGAAAAUAAUAUCAAAAAGUUUAUUUACAAACGAAAUAUAUGGCAUGUCUGGCGCUGGAGAUGAAUUUCAGGUGGUUACACGCAAGAAAUGGAUGGCUCGCAAAUGCCUGAGUCGUCGGAACCGUCACAAAUCCGAGACCGACUAUUUAAACGAUUGUCCAGAUGUGAAUGUGGAUAACUUUGAAUCGCGCAUGGAGCGACUGUGUGCUGAAAUGAGCCAAAGCGAUUACUUUAUCUUAUCAAUGGAAACGCUGCAACAGCAGCUGGAUGUGCUUAAGCGACCUCUGGAACGCAUUGUCUGCCUAGGAUUGGGACCAUUUACCCGCACCCACCAGGCGCUGCAUCAGGCGGCAUUUAUAAUGAGCACUCAACGGCAACACAAUAUUAAAGAGGCGCUCUAUUACGAUCCAGUGUUUCGGGAUACCGAGAAGGAGCUAAUCCAACGUCUUAAGGGCACUGUCAUGACCGAAGACUGUGCGGGCAGACAUGAAGCUACAGUGCCCACACUAUAUUAUUUGCCCCACUGUCCGUAUGCACUAAUGCAUAACUUACUGUGGUGCAAUUGGGUUAGCGAAAGCUUACCAAAUGUCUUGCUAAUCUCGAAUAGCUUUGAGAUGUUAACACUGAACAGAACGCUAAGCAAAAGCAAAAACUCUGAUGAUCAUAUUACACGAAUAGUGACGCACUGCACCGAGAUUGCUUUAGAGGAUGACUACGAGCAGCACAAUGUGUUCAAUGAUUUGUCAUUGCACACUUUCCCCAGGGACAAGCUUCCAGCUGUAGAUGAUACAGCAUUCUGGACACGAUGUCUGCCAUUAAAAGUGCACGAAGAUGAGCUACGAACGGAGUUAAUAUCGGAGGCAGAAAUGGCUGCUUUGAGCAUUGGAUCAUAGUGACAACAAUCAGCGAGGCAAUAAGAAGAAUACCACACAAGUCUUAAUAAAUAAUAACCAACAGAGUUGAAUUCAUUUAAUA